GAACCCAGGACCACCUGCCCAGGGGUGAUACUACCCACCAUGGGCUGGACCCUCCCCCAUUGAUCACUAAUUGAGAAAUGCACUACAGCCAGGUCUUACAAAGGCAUUGUCUCAAUUGAGGCUUCCUCCUUUCAAGUUGACAUAAAACUAAGCAGCACCCACCCUUGCCCACUUGAGCUGAGCUGCCCUGCACUGGGCAAAUGAGGACAGGACUGGCCACUCCUUCCCUGGGGUUUGGCUCCUGCCCUCGUGGCAGACAUCGGAAAUCACAGGCUAUGAGACCUGAAGUGCAGUUCGUCCCAAACCUAUUUUAGACCUCUGCACCAUCUCUAGGAUACUCAGAGCCCAGUCAGUGCUCCAGCUGAGCCUGGGAUAGAGACUGGGGUGGUGGGGCUGUCCCCGGGGGAAGAGAUCUGGGGCAGUGCCAGAGUCUGGCAGCCUCUGAUUGUAGCCCGCACUCCACUCCCAGGGCCUUGCCCAGGAAGCUGCAACCCCCAACCACAGCAUCCUUUGGGUUUGACCUCCUGAGUCAGAGCACAUGACCCCCCAAUUAGUCCUGGCAGCAUCCCCCGCCCCGCCUGCUCACACCGGGGGCAUGGGCAGUGGAUAUAAAUGGUCCUGGAGGCUCAAGGGCUCAGAGCAGACAAGCCCCAUACGCUCCCCCAGCGCAGAGGUGGCAGACACCAUGAGGACCCUCUCUCUGCUCACUCUGCUGGCCCUGGCUGCAUUCUGCCUCUCUGGCCCAGCAGAUGCAAAGCCCAGUGGCUCAGAGUCUGACAGAGGUACUGCCUUCGUGUCCAAGCAGGAGGGCAGUAAGGUAGUGAGUAGGCCCCGGCGCUACCUGAACAAUGGGCUUGGAGCCCCAGCCCCCUACCCAGAUCCCCUGGAGCCCAAGAGGGAGGUGUGUGAGCUCAACCCCGAUUGUGAUGAGCUAGCAGAACAAAUCGGCCUCCAGAACGCCUACAGCCGCUACUACGGUACCACUCCUUAGGCCAUGCGUUGCCCUGGGGCCAAAUGGCAACCUCAGCUUCAGCGACUCUCCAGGACUCGACCCUCCCUAUUCCCUCUCUCUGCCCCACAGCUGCUCCAAAAUAAAGUCCAGACGAAGGAA